AUGCAUGCAAUAUAUACCCUACACCCCGAGGGCCCGAGGCUAGCAAAAGACCAGCGCUUCGAUGAUCUUAUUUCUAGUGUUGCAUUACUUAUGCAUUUCUUUGUUUGCUCUAACGUAAACUUUACAGGUGCCGAAUACCUCAUAACCUUCCCUACAAUGGAGGAAUAUAUUGUCUUGUCAAAUAGGAUAGUUACACCGAUCUACCCCGCUGAUGCCGCUGCAAUUGUUCAGUCUCUCGACCUUCAUGUAUCAGCUGAGGUAGAUCCUGAAAAUGGUCCACUUGAAGUCUUAGAGGCGGGAACGGGUCAUGGGUCGUUAACACUACAUCUCGCAAGAGCGCUCUACGCUGGUCAUCUGGGCAAAGAAAACCCAGUUUCAAUUCUACAUUCGGUGGAGAAAGAUAGAAAAGUCCACGAGGCUGCCAUGAAGCUACUAAAAGGAUUCCGACGAGGGAUCUACGACGGGCCAGGUGUUAAAUUCUAUAACGAUGACGUGGAGGCAUGGCUAAGAGCACGGCUACCAAGUCCUGAGGCUUCGGAAGUACCAGCCGUUGAAAGUACAUCUGAAGAAAGUACCACCCAAGAAACAUCAUUAACCGAUCAACUAGCCACAGGAUCAGCAAAACCUUCACUGUUAUCCGCCUGUGUCCUUGAUUUACCGGAAAUCCGGCCGUUACUACCCCUGCUCCAGGAAAAUAUGCAUCUAGGAGCUAUUCUAGGAUAUUGGGCCCCAUCAAUAACACAGAUUUCUGCGGUAGUUGAGCAUGUGAAGUUAAACCGGCUUCCAUUCCUAGUGGAGAAGGUACUUGAGUUUGGAAACGGAGUUGGUGGUGCUGGCGCAAGAGUUUGGGAUGUCCGGCCUGCUCUGGUCAGAAGUCGAGUUAAGGCAAACAAAUCUCACAAGUCUGCCUCCUCUCAGCGGUCCUCGGAGGAUGGUGAAACUGAGACCACAGCAAACGAGGAUGCAGUUGCCAAAGAAGAUCAGACUAAAAGGGCUACAGCCGAAUGGGAAAUGGUGUGUAGGCCGAAGACCGGGGAGAGGACAGUCGGAGGCGGGUUCUAUCUUAUCAUGCGACGGAUUGGGCGGAAAAGAUAUGACAAAUCUGAGGCCGCCAGCGAGGCAAUACCCAGCAAUGAGGUUCGUGACAACGAAGUUAGCAAGUUGGAGCAAUCUGUGGCCACAGCAGAAAUUGAAGAUACCCAGAACCCAGUUCCAAAUGGUGAACCAUCUUCGUAA